AUGUCAAGCACUAAUUAUGAUAAAAAAGAUAAGAGCGAAAUACUGAUUUCACAUAUAGAUCCUGCGAUGGAUGAGAACCACGAGCUUACGUUGGAAGAUGUCACUCCAAAACUAACAAAAUGGUGGUUUCAAUAUCCUCACCUAUUGAAGCUAAACGUCUACUUAGGUUGUGCUGUGUUUGGUAUGAUUACCGUAGGUUAUGAUGGAAGUAUGAUGAGUAACUUACAAACUUUACCAAGUUGGGAAGGUUAUUUUAACCACCCUUCAGGUGGUAUAUUAGGUACCUUAAGUAAUGGCACUACUAUUGGUAGUUUAUGUGUUACCCCUUUUAUUGUUAUUGCUGGUGAUCGUAUAGGAAGAAGACACAUGCUUAUGAUUGGAAUUAUUUUGACAAUUAUUGGGGCAGCAAUACAAGCUGGAGCUGUAAAUUUUGGAAUGUUUCUUGCAUCUCGUAUUAUAAUAGGUCUUGGUUCUGGUGCAACUGGAAUUGCGUCUGCCCCUAUAUUAGCGGAAUGUGCUUUCCCAUCCCAAAGACCAGCGAUGACAAGUAUGCUUCAAGCAAGUUUUCCAACAGGAGCAUUUUUAGCAGCCCUUUUUACUUGGGGUCCAUACAUGUCAGACAUGAAAUAUAAUAAUUGGUCGUGGAGGCUACCUUCAUUAUUGCAAGCAGUAUUCCCGAUAAUUCAAUUGAUUUUGACCUUUCUUUGUCCAGAGUCACCUAGAUGGCUUAUAGCCCAUGGUAAAGAAGACCAAGCAUACGAAGUCUUAACCAAGUAUCAUGCUGGUGGUGAUAGAAAUAGUAGAUUAGUGAAGUUUGAAAUAGCAGAAAUAAAAGCGGCGAUUGCUAAGGAACAGAUUGGUAAGAAAUUUUCGUGGGGUAUAUGGUUCUCAUCUAAAGCAUACUUGCAUAGGUUAUUUCUUACCUUUGCAAUGGCAACAAUAUUACAAAUGUGUGGCUCUUCGCUUCUUUCUUACUACUUUUCGAUCGUUUUGAAGCCAUCGGGUAUACAGAGCCGGUCCAAAAAUUGA